CGAGGUAUCAGGUUAGGCUCAUAUGCCUAGGGGCUGAUGCACAAAGAACAUAAAUGCUGUAAUAUUGGCAGAUUCUUUUUCAGAAGUUCUUUAGAAAAUAUCCCUAAAAAGUGUUACUUUCUGCUAGAUCCUUUACUGCAGUGCUCCAACAAGGAAGUAGUUCCAAGCAUGAAUACUCUGCUUCUGUUUAUGAGUGUUCUAGGUAUAUCCUUUGCUUCUCCAAUCAAAAGAAGUGUAAAUUUGCUUGGAAGUGGCUAUGCGGAAAAUGUUGCCAAUGUCAAUGCCAUUAAUGCAAACAAAGAAAUCUUAAGCAAUGGCUCUGGGAAUGCUGGGAGGAACCAACAGAAUGACGAGAAUGAAAACAAUGGGCACCCAGAAGGAGCAAAAUUCAGUAAUUAUACAAGAGGACCCAAUCAAACUGGAGAGGUGUCUGCAAUUGAUAUUAACAAUCCCCAGGGAGCUUAUAAGGACAAAUCCAAUAAUCAGCCAGCCCCUGAGGACCCUGAUAAUACCCAGGGAACACAAAACAUUGAUCAAAAUGCUGAGCUUCUCACAGGGAAAGGAAUUAACCAUCCUCAUUUAGACCUACAUGUGAACACAAACCACACCAGUGAACAGAAUCCAUCUGAACAUUUGCCAGGGAAAAACAGCGUUUAUGGUUCAGCAUGGGCAGAAGAGGGUUUUGCACCCGAGGAUGCAGAGCUCUCCACUGACAAACAAGAUGUCAUAGAAGCCCACACUGACAGUGGCUUUAACGUAGGGGGAAAGGAUGAGGAUAUGGAUAGUAGCCACCAUCAUUCUGACAGCUGUUCUUUUAACGAUGAAGGCAUGCAAAGGGUUGAUCCAGGUAAUGCUGGCGAUAGUGGUGACUCUAACUCUAGUCAGCAGGAAGAAAGCAACAGUGACUCUGAGCAACCCACUCCAAAACACUGCGAGAGUAUUCCCAGUGAAUCGAAGAGUUCGAGUAAAUCUGGUCACGAGAAUACUAGUGCCUCCAAUGAUUCCGUCAGCCAUAGUGCCAGUAGUGCCUUCAGCGACCCCAGUGCCUCAAGUGACUCCAGUCAUUCCAGUGAGUCCAGCAGCUCCAGUGAAUCCAAUGAAACAAGAAAGUAGAGUUCAAGAAGUCAAUAGUGACAUUCCAAAGGCAUCAGAUACCAGUCGCCGCAAAACAGAGAAAAAGGCAACAAACAGCCUACAAACAGGUAUCAGUGAAAAUAAUUCCGAUGAUUCAAGUAACUAAAACUAAAUUGGUAAAUGGUAAACAACCACAACUGAAAAGACACCCCUCCAAUAGUAUCCCCAAAUAAGUACUCGCCAAAAGAAAAGGAGGACUAGGGGCACCUUAGAGACUAACCAAUUUAUUUGAGCAUAAGCUUUUGUGAGCUACGUUCAUAGGAAUGCAUCCGAUGAAGUGAGCUGUAGCUCACGAAAGCUUAUGCUCAAAUAAAUUGGUUAGUCGCUAAGGUGCCACAAGUACUCCUGUUCUUUUUGCGAAUACAGACUAACACGGCUGCUACUCUGAAACCUGUCAAAUAAGUACUGUAGAUCUCUAAAGGACUCUACUUAAUUUGCUUUGGUGGUUGCAUAAUUUCAUUCGUGUUAAAGCUUUUCAUAAUAAAAGAGAAUAUUAUGUUGCAUGAACAAGCAUAUUUGCCUUCCCCAUUUGCAGCUUGUAGUUCAAAUUCUCUUUUCACUGACACCUGUGCAAUCCCAGUGACUUGGGUGUCACUCGGAGAUGAAUUUGUUUCACAUUCAGAUCGUUCCAGAAUGUUUCAAUGACAUUGUGUAACUGUGCCUUGUAGCCUAGCACUGCAGAAUCUUAGCGUAAUUUAAUAUUUCAAAUUUUCUUUACACAUUUGUAAUUUCUUAAUCAGAGCUACAAGAAAGAUUGUUGUUUACCAUGCUGUGUCAAAGACAUUUCCUACUGCUGCCUUGUAUCACUGUUAUCUGUAAUCUGUUCAUUCUCUCCAGCUAUUUUCAGCCUCAUCUAUUUACUGCAAUACUGUAACUUCCCGGGGUGAUGUGCAUUAGAAAGAAAGGGGUGGUUUGGCGGAAUAUGUGAAUUUAGCUGGUAGCACCAGUCCAGUCUCUACUGAGUCCAUCACAUCACAGAAAGCACAUGUGGCACUAAGUGAUACCCUUGUUGGCAUAAAGACCACAACUUUCUCUGCUGUAGUUGGCCCCUAUAGGUCAUAAUUGAGUCAUAUUAGCAGAGCAACGUUGGCGGGACUGUACUGCUGAGGUGGCUGAGGAAGUUUGGUCUCCAACAUAAUCGUUCUGCAUAGUCCUAUUACAGAUAGUCUUACAAAUGAUGUUUAACUAAAUGUAUAGGCAGUUAGAUCUUGGAGAAAGGUGUGUUCUUACAUUGUCUUGCCAUUCUUUUUUAGAAGUUGUGAGUAUUACCAGUAAAAUUGGUUUCCUCCAAUGGACUCUUGCUGACUAGACAGUUACUUAGUGCACAGAUGCAGUCUUCAGGAUAUACCCCCACAAAGAAACGGAAAUCAUUACAAGGUCAGGAAAACCUCACAUCCAAGGCUAUCAAUCUGGCAUCUUUACAAACAGCUACCACUGACAUCAGUGCGAAUUGAGGAUGCUCAGCACCUCUGGAAAUCAGGCCAGUGGUUCCUGCCCCAAAAGUCUUACAAUCUAAUUAGACAUCAGGCAGACAGUGACUGACAGACAAUUUGUGACAGUAACAAACAACAGAGGUAAAAGGCAGGAGGGAAAGAAAAGAGUGAAAGGAACAGGAUCACAUGGUUACUCAGCUAUUGUACAUGUACUCCUUGGCAGGUCCAUUAAAGUUAAUUUGAUUAUGGUAAAUUAACUCAUUUCCUGUAGUCAUUUCUAUAAAUGAUGGGGGAGAUUGUGAUUGUCUUAUUCACACAGGUGAGCAGUUUUUCAUGGGACUUCAGUGAAACUACUCAUAUGAGUAACUACUUGUUACAUUAUUGAACUGGAUUUAAUUCUAUGGCCUAUGCUAUGUAGGAUGUCAGACUUAGAUAAUCACAACCUUAAAAUGCAUGAGGCUGUGACAAUAUAUAACAGCUCAGGAUCAGCCCCUUAUGAAUUUGAGUAAGGGGUUCACAAUCUGCCCCUAUAUUUGUACAGCCCAUCAUGAAAAAGGUGAAAGACCCGUAGCAUAUAUUAAAAAAAAAUGAUUAUAAUAAACAAACCACCCUCUCUCACUUUCAUGAAUGCUUGUUUGUUUUUGUUUUCUUUUCUUAUUUUUGGAAUUGCGGUUUCCUUUCAGAAUAGCUCUCGGGUGUGGAAACACAACCAUAUAACAGAGCCAGUGGAUUAAGGCUGUCAAAAUGACAAUCACUGCCUUCACCUGCCAUGAGACAGAGAGAACAAAAAUUCAUUCUUCUUUCACCAUGCUACAAAAAAUAAUAAUUAAAACUCUACAUACAAACUGUGUCCCCAGUGGGAUACCCUAGAUCUAGCUUUCGAAAGCUUUGGCAAUUAAAAAAAUAGCAGGCCACUUCUCUGCCAAGUUUAUCAAUUCCAGACACUAACCAGCCCAUUUAUAGCGCUGGCAAUAAUUUUCAGCCACUGUUCAGGCACCAAACAUUGAGAUUACUGGAGAGAUCAGCUGCCACUAAAUAAAGCCUGGUGCCCUUUGGGUGUUGCUGACUCCAGUUUCAGAGUAGCAGCAACCUCUGAGAGGCGUGACCCCUCCGCUCUCCCCAGAAAACUAACAGGGUUGGUUUUGGAAAGCAAUGAUUGACUAUGGUUUGGUUUCAUAUAGCAGUAAUCCAGCAAGCUUCAUGUUCUUGGGUAUUUUUUUUCCCACUUCCCUCCCUAAUUUUCUCACUAAAAUGUUUCAUCAGCAAAAAGACAAUGUAUUUAUAGAUAAGAAAACAGAAAAGGAAAAAUACCGUUUAAAUUCAUAUAUACUGUAGCAUGAACAUGCCCGGAUAUUAUUUUAAAAUAUACCUUUAUACUUUCUUACUCCCGUAAACGUUUUUCUAGUUUUACAUUUAUAUUUCCUAUUGCUAGGAUCAUUCACCUUAGUAAAUCACCAAAUGGGGUUUCAAAGGUGGGCAAGUGUUUGGAGAAGAGAAAAUGAACUCUCACUAUUAAUAGGGGAGAAUCACUUCUAAUUUGAAUCUUGUGGUACCUAUGUACUGCACACACAAAGGAGGGAGCAGGGUUUGGAUUUUUAGAACCACUCAACACUGGUCUAACUCUGCUCCCAUUAAAGUCAAUGUAAGGUAUUGUUUUUUUACUUCAAUGGGAACAAAGUUAGGCCAUCACCGAGCACUCAAAAAUCCCAUUCUGUGUUUUUACGAUGUCUGUUGACUAAUGAUGGGCAAGGAUAUGGUACCAAUUUUUAUUAGGGAUCCCCUUCUGAUCUAUAAUACUUCACAUGAAUUAUCCCAUUGUUACUGAUGAUCUUUUAUACUACCCAGGCUUCUGCAGUAUACCUAAUAUUUCAUCAGUAAAUUACUGUUAGAUCUGAUGAAGUUAAUCAUUGUUAAUAACAUGCACUAACAAAUUUAGACCUCUUUACUGUUUAUAAAUUCUUUACAAACCGAUUCUGAUAUUCCGCUGAUAUGUUAUUUAUAAAUAUUCACCCAGAUAGUUUAGAUAAACAAUUGUUCACUUAAAAGUUUUUCCACAAACUAUUCAAUUUAACUAUUUGUUAUUCAUGAUAGAUCACCUAAAUGACAUAGUAUUGUUUCUGCUCCCUGACUGAUUGACAAACAUUUUAAACAGGAGAACAAAUACUAUUCUUGUUCACAUAUGAAUACUCUUGUCUGCAUGCAAAUAUAAUAAUACUAUUCAUAAUAAGGGCAGCCAAUCCCCAAACAUGGGUGUGAAGAAAAAUACCACAUCAUAUAAAGGUUUGCAAAUUGUGAACAACAAGGGACACUAACAACAGUGCAGAAUUCAAAGUAUUUGUGAAACCUGUUUUGCAGUAUUUGGUCAGUUCUAAAAAUGAAACCUGCAGGGAAAACUGGAGAAGUAGAAUGAUGCAUUACACUUCACUAUACUAACUUUACUAGGGGUGGUUCCUCUUUCAUUUCCUAGCCAAAGAGACACACUUAUGGAGCCAAAGGUGUUAAGUGUGACUCCCGCUGCCUCUUAGUGAUGUGGAAUGUACAAUAGGCGCUUGGUUGGCAUUUACCCCUGGCGUGAAUUAUUAAAGACAAUUACUCAGUUGUUAGUGUGAGUUUAGAAUCUCCAUACAAUUUGCUCUGAGCCCAGAUAAACUGUAUCUAAAAUGGAAGAGGGUAUUUAAGCUAUUAGUUUUUAUUUUACAUAUAUCAGCGCUCUCUGCUGGUCUAUAACUGAUACACUAACGCAUAACCCAUAGAAACUUGUAGUGAUGGAGCUGAGGAUACUAAUUUUGAAUGCUGCUGAUGCCACCAAUAUACAGCUGGCAGCUGUCUAUGGUGCAUGCAUGUUUGUGGCCAUGGAUCAUUGCAUACUGUGGGAAGUCUGCUCUUUCUAAUGAUCGCUUCAUCAGUGUCUUAGCCAUGCUUAAAGGAGAAUGCCUCCGAUGAUAAGGAAAUAACUGAGCAACAGGGCAUUAUUUCUGACCUGGAGGAUUUAAGGGGAGACGUUCAAAUGCUACAGUGCAAGGAGGAGAUACAAAAUCAUAUCUGGGAGGACUAAGAAGAAACUCUUCAUAUCAGCUAUACACAGUCUCAGAAAGAAGUUUAUGCUCUUCUACGUUUCCAUUCUGUGUUGCUCAUGUAUAAGAUUUUAUAUUUCAUUCUGCAUUGCUCAUAUAUAAGAUUUUGCAUAGCAAUGGGACUGUCAACUCAAACAUCCAGAUUCAGAUUCCAAACCCAUCCAAGUUUGGAUCAAAUAAUCAAUUGUGCUAAAAUUUUUGAAACUUUCACGAUUCAUGAAAAUUUUCCCAAACACCCAGUGGCUAGCUGAAUCCACGCAAAUAACAUUUAUGGCCAGAGCUGGUGUGAUAGUGGGGGGGGGAAAACAGCACCCCAAAACCCACUGAAGAAUAUUUUCACAAACUAAAAGUGCUGAUGGGUACUGUAAGGAUAAAGUCAUUAAUGGUUGUGAGGUGCUUAGUAUUAAAUUGAGGGGGACAGAUACAGAAUUAGAACUGCUUAUUUGUACUGCAAGUGCUUUAUUCGUUAUUUCCCUGUUUCAAGGUUUCAGCCACCUACGUAGGGAGCAGAAACAAUCCUAUGCAACUUAAGUGACCAACCCCAACUAAUGACUAUUGAACAGCAAAUAAUCUUACCAACAUCCCAAAAGUAAUACAUUUUCUUCCAAACUAUUUAGCAAAUAGGUAUGAACAAUUAAUACAUUUAAAGGAAAAUUAGGAUGAGUGCACAAACAAUUGAGUAACCAAAAUAAAAAGACCAGGUUUGUAACAAAUAUGCUUCAUGACAAAUAGUUAGAGCAACGUUAAACAUGAGGCCACUAGUCACAGUACGCAGAACCUGGUGUUUUGGAACCAUACUGUGUCACUGAUUUUCAUUCAGAACUUGCACUGAAAUCAGUAAGGAGAUCUGCUUAAGAUGGUACAAUAUUGCCAUUCAUUUCCAAAAAUAUUCACAGAUUAUUUUUUCUCUAUUCAACCAGCUCUACCCAGGGUCAUGCAUCUUUUAACUGCAAUGCUGUGUGUUGCAGGAGCACUAGCUGUAGGCUUAAAGGAGGGCUCCUCACAAGUUAAAAAUGGUCUUGGUUCUGGGAAUGAUGCCCCAGCAGCACAGUGGUUUGGCGCGUCCCUUGGGUACAUGGAUAUUUUUGUGCUGGCUCAUCUCUAGCUCUCACAUGAAAAACAUUCUUCUAUGACAUUAUGAGUUUCUCUAACCUAUUUUCUUACACUGCUAACUGAAUCUGUCAAUAUAGAGUACGUAUAAACACAAAGGCCAUACAUUUUUCUGUUUUAAUGGGUCAUCUUUACUUCCCCACUUCCAAAGAA